GUGUCGGAUAUAUGGAUGGAGCUAAGACCUACUGUGGAUACUGUUGGAAAUAUCCUGACCUGGUAGAUGUGCCAUGUGAAGAUCCCUGUAAGAUGAAAGGAGGAAUGUGCUCUGAUACCCAACCUAAGCCUGGAUAUCAGAUUAUUGACAAAUGUGUCGGAAUAUCCGGAGGAGCCGAGGUCGGCUGUGGAUACUGUUGGAAAAAUACUGUAACUCCAUGCACGAGCCGUGUGUGUGACCUCAAAGGAGGAAAAUGUUCUCCUACGUCUCCAGGAAAAGGAUGGCAAGUUUCGGGAACAUGUGAGACCAAAGACUGUUUUUGCUGGACAUCUAGGUUCAUCAUAGGUGAUCUGAUUGAUCUUGAACCACUAGAACUUGCUCCAUAAACUGCAAACUAUUGAGAAGGUAGUUCUUUAACAACUAGCUCCAUAAACUGCAAACUAUGGAGUAGGUAGUUCUUGAACAACUACCUCCAUAAACUGCAAACUAUGGAGUAGGUAGUUCUUAAACAACUACCUCCAUAAACUGCAAACUAUGGAGUAGGUAGUUCGUGAACAACUACCUCCAUAAACUCCAAAUUAUGGAGUAGGCAGUUCUUGAACAACUAGCUCCAUAAAAUGCAAACUAUGGUGUAGGUCGUUCUUGAACAACUAGCUCCAUAAACUGAAAACUAUGGUGUAGGUAGUUCUUGAACAACUAGCUCCAUAAAUUGCAAACUUUGGAGCAAAAUGUUCUUGAACAACUAACUCCAUAAACUGCAAACUAUGGAGCUGGUUGCUCUUGGACAACUAGCUCCAUAAACAGCAAACUAUGGAGCAAUUUUUAAACAAAAUUUCUCAAAAUUCUAAAUUUAUUAAAAUUUGUAUGCUUUAAAUAUUGAAUAAAACUUAAUCAUUCCUGCAAAAAAGGUGUAUUUUGAAGUACGUGUAAGACAAGCUAAAAAAUAAUUGAACCUUUUCUUGUAAAACCCAAAGUACAAAAACCCAUUCCACAAAAAUUGGAAUUUAAAACAAAAAGACGCCAAUUAUUCCACUGUUUUCUGGGUACCACUGUACACGGAUUGUUCGAGAGAAAAA